CCCGGAGUGCUCCGCGCGCUCCUGUAAUCUCUUCCGGGGUGGGCCGGGCACAGGGGCGGUGGCCCUUGAGGGAGCGUGGAGUUGUGGCUGGAGGGCAGCUCCGGGACCUGAGGCCGCGCAGCCAUGUCUGAGCUCAGCGAUGAAGCCAGCGAGCCAGAGCUCCUGAACUGCAGCUUGUCCAUGUGGCAUGGGCUAGGCACGCAGGUCAGCCGGGAGGAGCUGGAUGUCCCCUUAGAUCUUCAUACAGCUGCUUCCAUCGGCCAGUACGAGGUGGUGAAGGAGUGUGUGCAGCGGAGAGAGUUAGAUUUGAAUAAGAAGAAUGGUGGUGGCUGGACCCCGCUGAUGUAUGCCUCCUACAUUGGACAUGAUACCAUCGUGCACCUGCUGCUCGAGGCAGGGGUGAGUGUGAAUGUGCCGACCCCAGAAGGGCAGACUCCACUGAUGUUGGCCUCCAGCUGUGGCAACGAGAGCAUCGCCUACUUUCUCCUCCAGCAAGGUGCUGAACUUGAGAUGAAAGACAUCCAGGGCUGGACUGCACUCUUCCACUGCACCAGUGCAGGCCACCAGCAGAUGGUCAAGUUCCUCCUGGACAGUGGAGCCAACGCCAAUGUGAGGGAGCCUGUGUAUGGAUUCACUCCUUUGAUGGAAGCAGCUGCCUCUGGCCAUGAGAUAAUUGUGCAGUAUUUUCUGAAUCAUGGAGUCAGAGUGGACACAAGAGACCACAGUGGAGCCACAGCCCAGAUGCUGGCCAGGCAGUAUGGCCACAUGAAGAUCGUGGCCUUGAUGGACACUCACUCAUCUGCACUGCCUAAAAGCCUCUACCAGAGCCCAGGAAAAUACGAAGAUCUGAGUUCUUCAGAUGAGUCCUGGCCUGUUCCUCAGCGCCAGAGGCCCUGUCGGAAAAAGGGCCUCAGCAUUCACGAGGGACCACGUGCCCUGGCCAGGAUCACAGCUAUUGGACUUGGGGGCAAGACCCAGCCCAGCUAUGAGCAAGUGCCUCCACGGGGCUACAUGACUUUCACCAGCAGUGACGAGAACCCCCUGGAAGGUGAGGGCCUCUGCUACCGAGAUGUCACCUCCCCCAUCAAUGAGUGGGAUGUGGACAGCAGCAGCAGCAGCAGUCGGGAGGAACCCGCUUUCUGUGCCAGCUUUGGGCCCGUGCGGAGGAGCAGCAGCAGUGAGGGCCUGGCAAGAAGAGCCCAUGGGCUCAGCAGCGAAGCCUCCUUAGAGAGCAAUGAGGAUUCUGAUCACACCCAAAAAAGCUCUGUUCGAAAACAAGCAAAGAAUUAUGUGAAGAGCAAGAGUCGUUACAGCAACAGUGACAGUCAGUGGCCUCCUAGCAUGGGGACUUCCUGUGCCCCAGGGUCUAACGCCCAAACUAAGACCCCCUACACAGGACCCCAGGACCUUGCCACACUGCUGGAGCAGAUUGGGUGUCUGAAGUACCUGCAGGUGUUUGAGGAGCAGGACGUGGACCUUCGCAUCUUCCUGACACUCACCGAGAGCGAUCUGAAGGAAAUUGGCAUCACGUUGUUUGGGCCCAAAAGGAAGAUGACAUCUGCCAUUGCUCGCUGGCACAGUAGUGCCCGCCCCCCCAGUGAUGCCCUGGAGUUGGCCUAUGCUGACCGUCUAGAGGCUGAGAUGCAGGAGCUUGCCAUCCAGCUGCACAAAUGCUGUGAGGAGGCAGAGGCCCUGCGUGGCCAGGUGUCCCAGGAGCAAGAAUUGCGGGCUGUGGUGGAGAGCUGCCUGCUGGAGCAGGAUAGUGCCCAAAAGGACAUCCACGGCCAGCUACAGGAGGCCCAGACCCUGGCCCGGGAUGCUUUCCUUGUCUUGGACCAGCUGCGGGCCUGUCAGGCUGAGCUGUCAGCUCGAGUGAUGCGAGACCAGUCCCCUAGCACAGCCACCCUGAGCCCACCUCUUCCCGCAGCAGAUGCCAAGGGCUGGCCUGAGUCUCUGCAGGCCUUAAGUCUCCCUGAACUGUCAGGAGCCCUGGAAAACUGUGUCCAUAAGAUGGGGCAGGCACUGUGCUCCGUGACACACAGCCUGGAAAAGCUGCAGAUGUUGAAUGGAAAGAAGUGGCGGGAACCCUAGCCAGGAGGGACGGACUUCUUUUUCCAGAAUUUGACGUCGGGUGAUUGAUCCACCCUGAAGUUUUGUGCCAGGCAAGACAGAACAGUGAGCAGGAACAGCCCAGGAAGCAGAGGACCAGCCCAGGGAACAGUCUGUGGAUAGCAGGAAGGGGUUUUGGCCCCUGUCAGGGCAGCUUGGAUCAGCCCUGAGGCAGAAUGAGGGCCUGGCAUCUAGAUCCUAGUGGUAAGACCACAAACUUGUAGCAGCUCUGGCCCAGACCAGAUAGGGCCAUGGGAAGAGUGUGUGCACCCACAUCACAGGUGCCACACUGAGGUUUGACGAUACAAAUGAGGACUGGAAUGCCUGAAAAUGUGCCAUUUGUUGGAAAAUAAAAUUACAUGCAAGUUGG